UGACUCGCGCCACCGAUGCCAGUAGAUAAAACCGACGCCUGUAUUAAUGUAUGUUGUGUUAGUUGGGUUGGUGGUUGGGUUAUUCUUGUGUUGUUGAUAUGCUGAAUAUUUGUGUGUUGUGUGUGAUGUGUUGAGCUCAUCUCUCCUACACUCGGCUCUUGAAUUGGUGUAGAUUUAAAUGUAUUUGUGUGCGCCGCCCCGUGUGUGCCCGUGUGACCUGCGGUUUUCUCCGGUGUUUUCUGUCCUUAGUUUUAGUACAGUAACCAUCCGCAGACCGUCACAAUCAGCCCCCGCUCACCUCGCACUCACUACUGAUACUCUCUACUAAUUCAUCGACUGUGUAUCAUCACAUUGACUUCUGUUUGGGGUGUAUCAAUUAGAUUCUGUGAUUACUUAAAUUAUUUAUAGAUUACCCUGUGGUGCCGGUCGGCCAAAUAAAUUUUUGAAAUCCCUAUUUAAUUUUGCCAUUAAAGGUCCACUGAGUGAUCUCCUUUGAGAAGUGCUUGUGGGUAAAUCCGAGAGCUAAUUACCGUUAGCGCCGAUAAUUGGGAGUUAAGCGAGCGGCUAUUGAGGAUUUUUGAUUAAUUCGGUGUUAGGUGGUGUCAAUAACUACUGUGCCGGGACGACUAGAGUGGUUGUACACGGGGUGGAUAACUGGAGGAAGGAAGGAAGAUCGGUUUAAAGCUAGAAAGAGAUGGAGAUUAAUUGAUGGUGGGCACGAGUGGGGAGUGAGUACCACGGAGGGGUUGGCCCACCUCAAGUGUCUUGUCUCGUAUCAUCUUCUUGUUCGGGUAUCGCUUACGAAUGAACCGCGAUCGAGUGAUCGGGCGUUUGAAUCGCGACGACUAUCACCGUCGCCAACGUUCUCGUCGUCGUCGACGAAUUGUCGUUCCUCUUAUUAACGACCAUUGUUGCCGGCUGUUGCAUAAUAGUGAUAGAAAUAUGAUUGUCAGAUGUAGUUGUGUGACGAGACGGUGAAAACUGUUUUGUUGACAGUGACUCGAGUGUGCCUGGACUAAAUUUUAAUAAUGGGUGGGUUGUUUAUUACUGAUGGUAGUAGAAAAAAAACACGGUGUUCGAAGUGCCGAGCUAUUGAAUGUGAAUUAAACAAGUGUUAGCUUAAACUACAAGUCUAAAUAAAAUUGUGAUUAUUUUAUAAUUUUUUCAGCAAAUGUUGCCUGGUUAAAUGAUUUUUUAAAAUAAAUAUUGUGAUCGUAAAUGUGCAUCUGUAGUCUAAACUAUUUAUAGUAUAGUAAAUAUAUAUAUAUAUAUAUACAUAUAUGUAUAUUGACAUAUUUGUAGAUUUUGUUAAUAAGUAGCCACAAAAAUUGUACGACGCGUGUUGUUCCCGUCGGCUUGUGCCGGGAGGAGGCUGAACGUCAUUGAGACGAAGAAAGGUGAAGACGCAGGAGAGGAGACGGCUGCAUCUGCAGCCGAUAAUUUGGAGGUGGCGGUUGAGACGACGGGGGAGGCGGAGGAGGACAUGUCGGCAGAGACCGAAAUAGAAGUAUCGGUCGUCUCCGAGGAAGAUUUGGAAGCCUCGCGUGGCAGCAGUUCGUCACCACAGCACUCCGAAAUGUUGCUGCAGGAUAAACAAACCCGCCAUGGCUGCAACAUUCCCAGUCAUCCUUUCAGCUUCGACGUCGGCAAGGCUGCCUUGAGGCCGGCAUGCAAUGCUCACUACACGUCUUUCAGUAUAUCGAGUAUUUUAGGCCGCUCGGAAUCGCCGUCGGCCAACGCCACGGCUGCUGUUAGCAUCGUCAACCGUUCGUCGUCCGACGCGGAACGCGGGUCUCCACCAGCAGCUACCACCUCGCAAAAACUAGUCACCUCGUGUGGUUCAUCACCCACCGAAAGGAUACUGUCACCCACUUCAUUGAUACUCACUGGCAGCGGUGGUUCUGGCAGCGCUAGAUCAAUAGUCAGCCAGAGCACCACCGAAACACGUAAUAGUAAUCCUGCCACUGGAUUAUCAUGGAGUUCCGGUCCAACAACGAGUCCGCCGAGUUUUCCGGCUUCUGGAGAUCACACUAAUCCGCUAAUGGGUCAUCAGGCGUCUGCGAAUCUCGCCAUGUUGUCGAGGCUGGGUCUGGUGUCCUCGCUGAUCGAGAGGUAUCCCAUCGGGGUGGGUGGCGUUUUUUUCCCAUCGACACUCCAACAUCUCCAGCAGCAGCAUCACUCGAGACUUGCGGCUGUUGCAAGCUCGGCGCUCAGCAAUGCCGGCCAAUCGGAUGCCAGUGACGCUGAUGGAAUACGCGGAGUUUUACCGGGUAACGGAGGCUGGCCGUUUCCAUGGAGGCCGACUCAUGGAUUGCAAGCUCUUGAGCAUCCAUCCCCGAGCGACCUUAUUGGAUCACACAGUCGCGUUAGUCCACCCUCUGGGUCUUAUCUCAAACGAGAAGAUGACGAUGACAAUCCGUCGGACGACCGUUUGCAUCGAGGCGGCCGCAGUCCUUCAAGCGGCGACGAAGUCCACGAUGACCUGGGCGACGUUGAUGACGGAAUGGACGGCGAUGACGGCGAGUCCCCCGGUUCCUCGGGUCACCAUGGAUCGAUCAAUGCCGGUGGUAACCAGGGCAGCCAAUCCAACGUAAACGGCCAAGACUCGAACGUAAAACGGAAGAAAAAAACCCGUACCGUCUUCUCACGAUCGCAAGUAUUUCAAUUAGAAACGACUUUUGAGAUGAAACGGUAUCUUUCGUCGUCGGAACGCGCGUCUUUGGCAGCGUCGUUACGGUUAACAGAAACCCAAGUUAAGAUAUGGUUUCAAAAUCGUCGGAAUAAGUGGAAACGUCAGUUAGCUGCGGAAAUAGAAGCCUCGAGUAUGGCACACGCGGCACAGCGGCUGGUACGCGUGCCAAUUCUGUACCACGAAGCAACUGCUGGCAACAACACAGUAGUCGCGACCUCUUCUGUUGGCAGCGGCGGACAACCGUCGAUCGUAACUGCCAAUCCACUGACAGCAACCAGCGGACCUCACUCAGUUGGCGUCACUGUUGGCGUUGGUACUUCUUGUGUGCCGUGUACGACAACGCCGUCGAUAUUUUAUUCCCCACACGGGGCAGUAGCGGCCCAUCACCAGCAUCAUCAUCAUCACCAUCAUCCACCGCCGCCGCCGCACGUACAAGCCCACACGCUGCUACCUCAUCAGGUGCAUCCGCAACCACCACCGCCCCCACCCCCACCCCCCAACUCUCAAGUCCAAUCGUCGCAAUAACCUUACCUUAACUCGUCAUCCUAUCACUCUGGACUAAUAAUGGAUGCCCAUCAUCAUCAAUAUCCGAGGUUCCUCGCUGCACCGUGAUAACCACUGAAUAUCAUGGACAAUGAUACUUAUAUUGUAAUUGUAAUAUUAAUAAUAAUAAUUGAUAAUUAUGAUAGUAAUGAUAAUGAUUUAAUAAUAACAAAAUAAUUAUUGAUAUUAAUAAUAAUUAUAAUAAUGAUAAUGAUAUAUUGUAAAAAAAAUGAAGAUUUUAUGAUGAUAAUUAUGAUGAUAAUAUUAUUAUAUGGCGGAACUAAUUAUUUAUUAAAAAUUGCACCGCUUUAUGAAUAACAACUGAUUCGUACUCGCCCAGA